AUGGAAUUUCAUUCAAAGAUUUUGGAGGGGCAGUCAAAUAAAUUAUUAAUUGGGUAAUUCAUUUAAGUAAUAUAAACAAUCGAUAAUUUGAGGAUAAACUUUGUCGAAUCUAUUUUGAAUAUGAAUUAUUGAAUCCAUUAAAUACUCUGAUGGAUGACCUUUCCGUAAAACAAUCAUUGUCCGAAUUUCUAAAUAAAAUUCAAGAUGUAAGUAGAGGAAUUAUUUAGAUUACAAGUUUAAUCAAUUUUGGCUUGAAACCUGUAGGCCUAUAUUUUAAAGGCGAAUUACCUGAGUAUUGCAGGAACAAUAGCAUAUUAAAAAAGAUUUGUAACAUUUUUAAUAUUGAAACCUUGUUAUUAUAUUCUCAAAAUUAAAAAUUGGCAUUCUCCUCAAAGGUAUUUCGAUUUUAAAUUAAAAGAACAUCACCACCACCGCGGCUAUUGUGAAAAUAAUAGACUAAUUUGACCUCAGAAGAAUUAAAUUAUAAACAAGUCUUAGAUUCAAUCUUGGAUAAUAGAUAGAUGUUCAGAGCGCAUUAGAGAAGGUGCGUANUUCUUAUAUAUUUCUUAAUUGUAAAUUUCAGUUUUCUAGCAAUUAUAUUGUUUCAUAUUAGAAUAAUUUGGCUAAUAAAUUUAUUUCUCUGAAAUUCUCAAAAAAUGUUAAUAAGGAAUUAUUAAUUUUUUAAAUGGAGCGAACAGAAAUCCUCUUAAGAGGGGUUUCUCAAAAAAGUCAUAGCCAUUUUCUACAUUCUCCCAUAAGUAUAGGUGAUUUACUUAUAAAACAUUAAAGUUAAUAUAAUGAUGAAUUAAAGAUUUAAUUAUUUAAAGAUAUAUAAAAUAUAAUCAUUCUCUUGUAUAAAUGA